AUGUACUUGAUGUAACCGAAAUAUUUUUAUAUGUCAGUUACAUCACAAAACAGUUUAUAUUCUAAGUGGAGGAUUUGGAGAUAACCAGGUGAAAAUUAGAUUAAAACAUAGUUCUCAAACUUUAUCCUAAGAAGAUAGUAAAUAUCGUACUUAUACAUACCUAUAUAAAUAAACAAAAAAUUUUUCAACGACAUUAAAUAAAUUCUUUCAGUUUUAGAGGAAUAAUAGUUUCAAAAACCAGCAAUAUAGGAUCAUUCUUAUAAAAAGAAGAUUUUGAUUUGUUAAAAAAUUUGGUAUUUUUAUCGUAGAAGAAACGUAAAUAAAUUCAUUAAUUAAUUUGCAAAACCAAACAACCUCAAUGUAGAAUUAUAACAUUCCCUCUCAACCAAUGUUUUGCUAUUAUCAGAUGCAAAUCUACAAUCCCUACUUUUUCUAUCCAUAAUAAAUCGUUGUUUAAAACUAAACUUAAGCAAAUGAAUAUGAACCAUCAAAUUUUAAUUGUUUUAACAUCAUAAAAAAACAAAAUCUAGAGGAAACAAAGCCACCAGAACCUUAGGAUAGCGAAAAUAUUGAUUUUGAUGUUGAAGAUUAGGAUGACAAAGAUGAAGAUUAUAAAGUUAUGUGUUCGAAAGAAAAUUCUGAGAGAAAUAAUAUUGUUAAUUAGUUGAAUGGCUCAACAAAUUUACAGAAAAACUAUGCCAGGGCUGUCAUUUUAUAUGUUAAAUAAUAAAAUUCAAGCAUAGUAAAGGAAUUGGGUUAAAAAAGAGCCACUCAUUUCUUCAGAUUCGUAACGAAAAUCAAAAAUAAAAUCAGAAAUUUAUCUCAUAUAAACAACUAUACAAGGGAUGAAGAAUUUAUUCGACUUUUUAGAAUUUUAUGGUAAAAUAUAGAUUUAUAUUUUUAGUAAUAAAUUUUUGAGAAAAGAUUGGGUAAGCUACAUUUAUAAUUCAAAAAUCAAAUAAAAGACAAGUCACUUGAAAGGAAAACAUGGCAUUUAUAAAAAUUUAUUCAAAAUCUGA